AACUGCAAGACGCCGAUAUUGCGUUACAUUGUAGCAAAAUGGCGGCUGUCAUUCAGAAUCCACUAAAAGCGUUGGGCGACCAGUUUUAUAAAGAGGCCAUUGAGCAGUGCCGCAGCUACAAUGCCCGCCUGUGCGCUGAACGCAGCGUCCGCCUGCCAUUCCUGGACUCUCAAACCGGGGUGGCCCAGAACAACUGCUACAUCUGGAUGGAACGUCACCAUCGCAGCCCCGGUGUUGCAGCCGGACAGAUGUACACGUACCCCGCCCGCUGCUGGCGAAAGAAAAGACGGCUGCACAACUCCACAGAUCCCCGCCUGGGCAUUUACGGCCUCCAGCUCGACGGCGGUCUCAUGUCAAAGGACACUUUGCCGACUCAGAGCACUACACUGGAAGCUCUGCUUCGUGGAGAGGGCCUAGACAAGAGGAACGCCUCCAAGAACGACGAGGAGAGCCUGCUGGAGAUCCAGAGGGUUCUGGAGGCAGAUGCAGCAGAAGAUGCUUUCAAUGACGAUGAUGACUACGAGGUAGACACUCCCAAGCGGAGACAUCGGGGAAAAGGAAGAGGUCGGGGUUCAGGUCGCAGGAGGACAGAUCUAGAUGAUGAUAAGCCAUAUGUCUGUGAUAACAGAUACAAACAAAGGCAGAACUCCAAAUCUUCAACCUCAGUCUGUGCAAAGCGCUACAGGAACCGCACAGGACUAAGUUACCACUACACCCAUUCCCACCUGGCAGAGGAGGACAGAGCCGGGGAAAGGAGCACAGUUGCCUCCCAACCCCCCACUGCACCACAGACUGACAGACACAAACGUCCAAAGGGUCCAGGUGGGACCAGCAUUCCCAACAGUUACUGUAAUAAAUGCCAGGGCUCAAACAAGAAAACGGGUAAAUCUGGAUCUCCCUACUCAGCCUGCCAGUGCACAACUGACUGUGGAGAAGAGAAGGAAGACGGGACUUUUACUGGAGCUGAGGAGCUCUUCGGCACCACCUCAGAGAGCGACACUUCCACUUUUCAUGGCUUUGAGGAUGACGAGCUGGAAGAGCCGGCUGCAAACGGCAAUGGGAUACCCGGCCGUCACAGAUAGAGAAAAUCUUUUAGACUUAAAGAGACAUUUUUUUAAUAUGGAUUAACCUCUGGCAAAAAUCUGCUGCUUCUUUUUCAAUGGUUUUUUUUUUUUUGUUUGCGGAAAGCACAAAGUGAUGAUUUCAGGACGGAAAUGCAAGCAAGUGGUAUUUUAUCUACUGAACAUUGUUAAUUAAUUUAUGAACACCUUUAUAUAUAUAUAUCUAUAUAUAUAUAGAUAUAUAUCUAUAAAAUGACAUUUAAGGUUACAAAGGACUGUCAGUGUUUCCUGACAAGUGACUCCGUGCAAAAUGGAAGUUUUUUGGAGUGUGGCUUUUUGUUUUUUGUUUUUUCUUCCCUCACUGGAGCAGAAGGGUUAUGAACAAAAACACUGGAGAAAUUGGAAAAUUGCAGACAAGACUUUUUGUUUUUUAAGUGAAUGAUAAGUUUGGUAGAUGAUUGAAUGUCAUUGCAGACCCAUACUUGCAUUGCAGAACUACUGGAUAUUUUUGAAUCAGUAGUCAGUGUGACUAUGAAGACCUCUUCUUCUGCUCUAACUCUGAAUUGAACGUAUGAAAAUGAAGGAACCAAUGAAAGGAGUGCCACAGGCCACUGGAAAUGUUUGGAUGAAGAAACCUUUAUAGUCUUUACACAAGGGGGACAAAUCAAAUCAAAGGAGCACUCAGCACAUUGGCAUGUGGCCCAGGGCUGGGGGGUGACCAGUGAAGAAGAGGAUUUUAACCCUCAAAAACUAAUGAGCCUUCAUGUCCCUCCUGAUUUGGGCCUGAAAUAACUGACUGAAACGGAUGAAUAGGCAUCCAUCACUUCUCCCAGCCAUGUGGCUUAAUUGAAGCAACUGCUCCCUUGACAGUAUAUAUCGACCCCUUGUGAACAUUUGAAAUGUGAGUAUCCGGCUUCAUUUUAUCCUUUCUGCACUGUGCUGGAGCUCCUCUCAGAACUAUGGGAACACUAAAGGCCAGGCCUUUGGACUGUUUGUGCCCAACGGGUGCAUUUGGGGCCCCUGCGGCCCAGCCUGCCCACUCCUGCUCUGCAACUGUGUGUCUGCUGUGUGAUCCGAUGUGACACUAAGACGUCAUUAUCCUCAUCACUGUGCCAGCCUGCCGCUCUGCACUGGAAAUCAGCUCUGACAGCCAUGACCCUCCAACCUGAUUGGACCAGUGACCCUCUGACCUGCAGCCAUAGAGAUGGUGCUCAAACUCACCACUAUUACAUGCAGACCUCUGGACUACUGUAAUAAUACCCCGGUGUGGACACAGGUUUUCUGCUUCUGGCCCUCAACCUGUUUUUGCUCCCUUUUUCCUCUGCCUCUCUGAUCUCAAAUGGAUGAUUUAGCUCACUUUUUUUGUUGCAUAUUUUCUCUGUUGUAUAAUAUUUCUAUGUUUUAAAGUUUGAUGGCAUGACUUCUCGCGUUUGCUCAGACUGUAUUGAUACCUCUGUCCUGAUCAGGUGCAUAAUAGCCACAACUACUCAGGCAUCUUUUCACUUCAUCUGCUGUUGAUUGUUCAGCCACUCAGCCCUGAUUUUAUGUGAUUGUUCUCAGUUGGCAGAGUAACAUGCGUGGAUCCCGACUCCCAGUAGGGCCUGGGAAUACUGCAGUCUCAUGCUAUAGGAAAACAUUGCAAUAAUAAGCUUCAGCUCUGUCUCUUCUAUGCUCGUUCUACCUGCUGUCACCCAUGGCAUGCAAAAACUCUACAGUCUACAGAGAUCGUGACACAGUGAGAUUCAUCUCGGAUUUGCAUUUGGAAUUAUCGUUACUAGAGUGACAUUACUCCGCUGGGAUACAGCUAUUUACUAAGAAGUGACGAGUGUAAAUCCAAGUUACUUGUGACAUUUCCAUUGAGUGCUUUAGAGGGCCUAAUUGCUUUAUGACAUUUAGAAGGAGCUUGAAGUACUGUAUCCAAAAGCUUUUUUAGGUCCGCUGGUUGCACAUGCUGUCUGAGAGGUCUGUUUUCUUCCAUGUGAUUAUUCAGUAUCGCUGCAAUGUAAUAACAGCUGCUCCGUUUUUGAAGCUAACCAUUAAUCUUAGAUGUGUCUUUUAUGACUUGCGUAAGUGCUUGUACAUUCAAACCAUCUUUCUUCACUUCCCUCAGGGACCCUCCACACACAGUAGUUUAUCUCCACUGGACAAGGAAUGCAUCUGAGACAUGUCGGUUGUCUUGUUUUCCUCAGUUACGUGUUGUUUCCACAGUUAAAAAAAGAAAAACUGAAAAAAAGUGGGUCAUCGUGUCAUUUAUCUUCCUAAGUCAGUCAUGCCAGUAAGUUGAAGCAUGUGUCAUCACUCAUAAUCUGCUAAGUGUUACCUACCGUAUACAUGAACGGGCCAAGUGCGGUGCAGUUCUGAACAAAAGGCGAAGCUCCCGAGUGCAAAGGUUAGCGAUGUCUCCGUAUUUAACGUGUCACCAAUCAUUGAAUAGCCUGUAUACCUCGUCAAAGACACAGCAAUAGGCCCUGGUACUCUCUUGUCAAGCCUGCAAAGGAGGGUGGAGAGGGAGGAUCGGGGUGGGAACAGAGCCAAGAGGAGAUGAAAUGGACAUGACCGUUUUGGGGGUUUUGUUUGUUUAUUUUUAAUUUGUUUAGUUGUUUUGUUUUUUUUUUUUCAUCU